CGUAUUUGCAUAGAAGCUUCAGGACAGACAAAAGCGACCAUUCGACCAUCCCAGGUGAAAAAUACCGUGCGAAAAGAUCAGCCGAUGCUAAAGCCGUUCAAAGUCCAACACUCAGUGCUUGCGAAAUUUCAGCUUAAGAAAAGAAUACCAGCUCACUACUGACUGAUUGGUGCAAGCCGUUAUGACUAGCGUCUCAGAAUUCAUUCUUGGCCUGAAAGAUGGUGUAUUCAACCUGCAGUCAACUCCUAUUGCAGCCACUUAUCUGUCUUGUGUGAUAUUAUCACCGGUGUGGAGACGAUUUGUGCCAGCCUUGGAACUUAGGAAACCAAUGGUGGUUUAUAAUUUCAUCUGCGCCUUAACCAGCCUGUACUCUUUAGUGUACUUCAUCAUACCGCUGAUACCCAACUGGCCACACUCCCUUUUUGACACGGCCGAGAAUCCGUACGUCAAGCAUGCCAUGUAUGUGUACUGGAUGACAAAGAUCUUUGAGCUGUUGGAUACAAUCAUCAUGAUCCUACGACACCGAACCAGACAAGUCUCUUUCCUUCAUGUCUAUCACCACACAACUAUAAUGCUGAUAGCAGAAUUUGCCUACAUAAGGGGUGCUCGUCCCGCCAUGGGCGUCAUCUUGGCUCUCAACUCGUUGGUCCACGUGUUCCUCUACUACUACUACGGACAGACCGCGCGUCGCCCUAUGCAAAGACCUAUGUGGAAGAAGGCAUUGACAGAGCUCCAGUUGACCCAGUUUUUCAUCGGCGUUGCUCAUCAGAUAGUGGGAUAUUACUAUUACAAUUUCUGUCUAUAUGGUAUAAUAUACGAGACGACGAUGAUCGUGCUUUUCUCGAAUUUYUAUUUCAAUGCUUAUAUAAAGAGGUCUCCUCAACAAAAAGUCAAGAAAGUAGAAUAAAAGAAUAACUGUGCUGUACUAUCCGUUACAUAGUGUCCAAGAUUAGCAAGGGUUUUUAUGAAUKGAAUACAAAUGACUGUCAAUCGAUAUUUCUUCGGGAUGGCAUUAGUAUUGCUAUUGACAAGUUUUGGCUCUUUUUCCAUUCGUAAUUUUCCGAACGUGCGCAACACAUUUCUCUGGUCUUUUGUGAAAAAACUAUUUCAACCUUUUUUAAACUGAUUUUUUUCGAGAAGGCACACAAUAUUCUAAACCCAUGAAAAAGUACUAACUAAGCUAAACAUACCAAAUAGUACUAACUAUUUCAACAACUGAAAACUAAGGAUUUGGCAAAAUUGAUACUAUCUAGUUYUUAUUAGUACAUUUUCACGGGUGACCUGUUUGUACCAUCAAGAAUGUCUCUCACCCACCGAAAGCUCUUAAGGAUCUUAUGUGUUUUUCCAAUUGUUACUGUAACUAAUCAGGUUGACACUUAUUUACUGUUAUUCCUUUUGAAAUCUUGAUAUUAAAUGUAAAAAUCAUU